UUCAGAUCAACAGGAUGAAGAGAUAGCACUUAUUCACCUCUCAUCCGCCACGCCAUCAUGGCUCCCUCACACCGACCUCGAAAGAAGAGGACCGCCAACCUCAACAGCUCCAAUGGCACGGUAAUCAUCGACGGAGCAACAACACGGGAGAAGCCCGCCUUCCCUCUCGUAGCUUUCUUCUGGCCAGCCAAGGGCACUCAAACGCUAUGGGUCACCAUGCCAUGUAUCCUCAUGGUCGUCGGUCUCUUCAGAUGGUGCACUGCCAUGUGGCCUUAUUCCGGAUUUCAGUCACCUCCAAUGCAUGGCGACUUCGAGGCGCAAAGACACUGGAUGGAGUUGACGACCAACUUACCAAUGACACAUUGGUACUUUCAUGAUCUACAAUGGUGGGGACUGGACUAUCCUCCUCUGACGGCCUACCAUUCAUGGAUCCUAGGACAAGUCGGCUCGUACAUCAACACCUCCUGGUUCGCGCUCUACCUCUCUCACGGUCUGGACGAUCCGGACCUCAAGGUCUUCAUGCGGGCGAGCGUGUAUGCCUCGGAACACUUGAUAUACGUCCCGGCGUUGAUUGUAUGCGUCCGUCACCUGUCGAAACUCCACCACAUGAACCCGUGGGAGGCUGCCAUCGCUGUGACCGCCAUCUUGAUGCAACCAGCUACCAUCCUCAUCGACCACGGCCAUUUCCAAUACAACACUGUCAUGCUGGGCCUUUUCGUCGCAGCCAUCUCGAGCAUGCUUGCUGGUCGAGCACUUUGGAGCUGCGUCUUCUUUGUUGCCGCGUUGGGUUUCAAGCAAAUGGCUCUUUUCUGGGCUCCCGCUGUCGCCGCUUACCUCGCUGGCAGCUGUCUAUUUCCGUCCAUCAAGAUCGGUAGGCUCUUCGGCAUCGCACUCGUUACAUUGGCUUCUUUUGCAUUGCUGGUACUUCCUCUCGCUCUGGGCACGUAUUACGAUGCCGCCCGCGACGUUGCCCUUCCAUCGGACAUCACCCUCCCUCCUGGCCUCUCAGUCUUGCCGUUCGAGCUAAGCGAAAAAGCUUGGUACUCCCCAUACAUCGUGCAACUCGCGCAAUUGGUCCAUCGCGUCUUCCCGUUCGCUCGCGGCCUGUUCGAGGAUAAGGUCGCCAACAUCUGGUGCGCCGUUCACGCCUCCGGCCUACACAAACUCCACCAAUAUGACCAAUCUCUCCUCAGCCGCGCAGCGCUCGGCUUGACACUGGCGUCCAUCAUCCCGCCAUGUCUGAUCAUUUUCCUCCGACCCAAGAAGGAACUAAUUCCCUGGGCCUUCGCCGCAACCUCGUGGGGUUUCUUCCUCUGCUCAUAUCAAGUCCACGAGAAGAACGUUCUCCUCCCACUCCUUCCCAUGACGCUUCUCCUCGCUACCGAGAGUGGCAUGAAACCGUCGAUCAGAGCAUGGGUCGGUUACGCCAACCUCAUCGCCAACUGGACCUUGUUCCCACUCCUCGCGAGGGAUCAGCUUCGGAUGCCUUACCUUGUACUCACGUCACUCUGGGCAUACCUCCUGGGCCUACCUCCAUUCUCCAUCAGCGCAUACACCCACCCCGCGAAGGAGGGUGGCGUCAACAUCCUGACGAAGCUGAUCCAUCUCGGCACAUACGCAGCUGCACUGGCAUGGCAUGGCGCGGAACUCUUCGUACCUCCGCCGGAGAAUAAGCCUGACUUAUGGGUCGUGGCGAAUGUCUGCAUCGGGGCCGGCGCUUUCGGUCUCUGCUAUUUGUGGUGUCUGUGGAAUCUCGCCGUGGACAGCGGUCUUUUGAGUUUUGUAGGCGUUCAAAAGCAGCGCGUUCUGGCGAGCGAAAAGAAGACGCAGUAAGAGGCGUAGUCUGUGGUUUGUGGGGAGUACUCUGCAUCCCCAAAGAGCUGUACACUAUUGUACAUGUAUAAUACAAUUCUGUCCAUCC